UGACGCCGCGCCAAACUGUCGCUUGUCGGUGGGGAUGUCAUUUCAGGUGACAGCGGCGGUCUGUCUGCUAGUUUCGGCGCUAACCUGACUGAAUGACCGGCGAACAGAAACACCCACACACCGCAUAAUUGAACCAAAGGAGGAGGAGACUGCAGUAAUUUACAAACAUGGGGGCUCUGUUAUCCCGGUGGAAGACAAAGCCAACCACAGUUGAGCAGCUGGAGAACCUGGAUAAGGAGAUUAAAGAGCUGGAGGAGUUUAGAGCCAAAAACCAACGUUUGCAAAAGCUGUGGGUCGGCCGGUUGCUUCUCUACUCGUCAGUUCUCUACCUAUUGACCUCUCUGAUUGUCUACUGUCUCUAUCUACCUGAACAAUGGUUGGAGAGACUAGCCAUGGCCCUGCCUUUCUUCAUAUACCCUGUGCUAGUGUGGUUUAUCAGGAAGUUAUUGAUUUUCCUCUUUUCCAAACGCACCGAGAGAAACAGUGAUAAAUUAGAAGAUUUAAAAGCUGCCAAGAAAAAGAUUCUGGAGGAAGUGAUGGAAACAGAGACAUAUAAAAAUGCCAAACUCAUCCUGGAGCGCUUUGAUCCUGAAGCUAAGAAGAAAGCUGAGCUGGAGUCGACUCCGGUGCGUCCUCAGAUGACUCCCAGGCCAGGACAAGAGCUUCGACAAAGAGGCGUGGCAAUGAGACCCAUGCCAAUGGGCACCCCGAUUGCCAUGGCAAUGACUCCUACACCCGGAGCACGGCCCCCACAGGGACCAGGGGGCACACCUGUGGAACCUGUCCCUCUCUCAGCUCCAGGGGGACCGCCGGAGAGAUCUGCUCUGUCUUCCUCAGUCCUCCAGGGGGCAGUCCCCAGGACCCCCUGCUCCCCUAUACCAGGUGUAGGCAUGCACCCUCCAGGUCCUCCAUUAGCAAGACCCAUUCUGCCCAAAGACAGGGGAGCUAUGGAUCGAGUCAUCGAGUACCUGGUAGGGGACGGACCGCAGAACAGAUACGCAUUGAUCUGCCAGCAGUGUUUUUCUCAUAACGGCAUGGCUCUGAAAGAGGAGUUUGAAUACCUGGCAUUUCGCUGUGCAUAUUGCUACUUCCUGAAUCCGGCCAGAAAGACACGUCCUCAGGCUCCCAGGCUUCCAGAGUUCAGCUAUGAGAGGAGGCUGCGAGCAGAAUCACGUUCCCCUGGACCAACUCCGCGUUCUGGGACAGACACAGAGGAGAGUGCGCCCCCUUCUGGAGUUGUUGAGCAAGGAACCAGCAGAGCCAAGGCUCCGGCUCCGUGGAAUUUGGUCCACAGUUUCUCCAGUUUCCAGAUCCAGCAGAGUCCAAAGAACCCUCAGAUCCGACCUCUGCGGAGUCCAGAUGAGAAAGAGAUGGGAGAAGACGAAGGACACACUAAAGAAGUAGAGAGCGAGCGCCAGUCGGAGGAGCAGCCACAUCAGGAGGAGGAGGAAGAAGUGGUUCAGGAGGCAGAGGCAGAGGGGGAAUCUGAGCAGAGUCACAUCGCCCCCUGCGAGACAGAGUCUCAGCCAUCGUAGCUGCAGAAAGUCCAGAAGAGGACCAGGGAGGUCUGAUCACUCUGUCCAAAUAAAAGAUGUUGGUAUUGGCCAUGAUAGACAGAUGGCAUGUCAAAGCAAUAUAGACAAGGAUAGUUUAAUGAUAUCUUUCUUCCUUGCAACCAAAAACUUCACUUGUGUUUCAGUUUGCAGUUUCCAUCUUUUUAAUUCUUUUUUUUUUUUUUUUGCCAAAAUUUGACAAUUAAUUUUUCACAGUCAAAAGACCGUCACACUAAGACAAAGCACCUUGAGGAUAUUGUAGAGAUGGUGUGUAUUCUUAAUGAAAAACAUAAUGCAGUAUGAGUUUGACAUAUUUAAUAUUUAAGUUGUCCAACAAUAUUGCUUAAAAUGAUACCAUCAUAUCAUGGCCUUAACGGGUUGACUGGUUGGCGUAGAAGGUGUCAGAUUGAUGAUUGUAGUUUUAAUCCUAAGGCUGUUAAUCGAUAGAGUAGCUGGCUGCUGAUGUUGAUCUGUAUGUGGCAGCUGACAGGCUGACGUAGUUUAAUAUCCUAAGAUUCACACAGUUUUGUUUAGGUAUUAAGUAGCUGACGGCUAAAUGAUUUGUUAAUGAAAAGUGUUAUGAUUUUAGAUGAAACUGCUGGUUCACAAAGGGUUUGUCCUCAGAUGCAGAUGCUUAAAUCUAAAUUCACUCCUUGACCCUUAUUUCACACAUUCAUCUUUUGAUUCUAUUAGUCUGGUUUCUGCAUAUGUUGCUAAAUAUAAUAAUUGGUUAAAACUCAAAUCAUACUUGUUAUUGUUUUGUUGGUUAGUAAACAAACAUUUCUCACUGAGGUUGGUGAGAACACGUAAAAUCGGACAAAGUGCAUUUUAAGAUAAACCUUUAGUGAAGCAGGACAACAUCAGUUGUGUUUACAGUAUAUGCAUACGAGUAUGCUGUUGAGUUUCAGGGUCUUGCAGUAGCUUUUUCCCUCUCGUAGUUUUAAUACACUCAUACAAGCUUUUGGUCUAAUACUGAAACAUCCAGGAAAACUCCAGGAUAUUUUCACAUUUUACAGAACCCUGAUGCAUGUACUCCUUUUAUGCUUAUUUAUUAAGUGUUUUUUCAUGAUGUUUGAGCACCUUGUAUCAGGCAGGCAGUAUAUGGGGUAUGAACAGUUUUUCAGAAAACAACAUUGUGCAUUUAAACACUGGCUGCACUCAGAUUUGUGAGGAGCAAAGGUACAAAAGCUCUAACUUUUUGAAGGGCAAGGGCAGAUUAUUUUCAGUCAUAUUAAAUGUCACAUGUAGCGCUGCAUUUACCGAGCAGGCCGAAUGCUGAGCGCUGUGCUCCACCCAGUAACUGAACUCAGAUCAGUCAUUGGUGGCACAGCAGAAAAUGUGUGUUUUGGGCAGAAGUGCUCGUGUGUGAAGAGUCUGUUCUAAAUGUGUGGUAGAACCCCGCUGCUUUGUCUGUGCUCUCUGUGGAUAGAAACAACACAUGGACUCAUCAGGUUCAGACAAUGAGUCAAACCUGAUGGGUUUUGUUUUGCAGUGUUGGAAAAGAAGCGCUACAGUUAAAUGUUGUUGAUGGUGUCUGUUUACCUAAGCUAACUUUUUAACUUGAGGACUGCAUUGGUGUUGGUGAGUAAUGCUAACAUUGAAGCAGUCUCUGAAUACAAUGAACCUCUAAACAUUUUGCUUGUUAAAAAAACAACAACAAAAACUGAAAAAACAGAUUGGAGCUACAACUGCCAAUU